AUGGAUUCAGCUGUGUCCCCUCCAGUCCGGGAUGUUGGUAUGAAUUCCCAAGCUCUGGUCCUCCCCAGCUCUGCUUCCGGCUCAGAAACAGCCAUAAUCAACAGAACAAAUGGCUUGGGUUUUGAUACUUCUCCAGUAAUGAAGACCCCUCCCAAGCUGGAGGGUGAUGCUACUGAUGGCUCCUUUGCCAGUAAGCAUGGCCGCCAUGUCAUUGGCCACAUUGAUGACUACAGUGCCCUAAGACAGCAGAUUGCAGAGGGUAAGCUGCUGGUCAAAAAGAUAGUGUCUCUUGUGAGAUCAGCGCGCAGCUUCCCUGGCCUUGAAGCCCAAGGCACAGGGGUGCUAGGCAGCAAAGGCAUUCAUGAGCUUCGGAGCAGCACCAGUGCCCUGCACCAUGCCCUAGAGGAGUCGGCUUCCCUCCUCACCACGUUCUGGAGAGCAGCCCUGCCAAGCACCCACAUCCCUGUGCUGCCUGGCAAAGUGGGAGAAUCAACAGAAACGGAACUUCUGGAACUGAGAACCAAAGUAUCCAAACAGGAGCGGCUCCUUCAGAGCACAGCUGAGCGUCUGAAGACCACCAACCAACAGAAGGAGAGCAUGGAGCAGUUCAUCGUCAGCCAGCGUGAAAUCCCUAAGGGCUCUGCCGUGUACUCCAGCCUUGUGACCCUUGCCUUCCAGGAACCAUGCAAGAAGCGCAGCCACCGGAAGUCCUUAAAACAUCAGGAAAGGUUGGCCUGUCCCCCUUUUGUGCAGCUACCUAUCUGCUGAGGGGCAUCUGGGCCUCAUUCCUCCAAGUCCACUGGAGGGUCCAGAAGAGGGAGUCAGAGUUGUAUCCUGGUGGAGCUGGGAGAAAGGCAGAAAGCCUUUCUGACAGCUAUGGAAUACGAUUAGCCAAGGUCCACUUGGCCCAGCACUAAGAAAAAGAUGCAUAGUUUGCACAGAAGGUUUUGUGAUACUGCCUCUCAACAGCCCCAGCAGCUUGGGAACUAGCAA